ACUGACUGUUGAGGUGGCAGUUUCUGAAGAGGAAGCUAAAAUCACCACAAGCCACCGUACAAGAACUAUGGACCUACGUCCACAUGGCAGGUCUCCUUUAAUGGAGAAACGUUUUUGUGCUCAUCACGACAUGAUUGGCCUCUCAUCAUGGUCAAUGAUUGUCCUCAAUCAGAAGCUAAGGCUUAUUACUUUCUUAUGCUUCUGGACACAUGCGAUCGUUUUCACGAAAGUCAAAACGAAGGUCUUUUUGUUUGACAAUUUAACGGAGAAGUUACCGCCACUAACCUGCAUUAGAUCACACAACUCUCGCGCCAGUUUUUUACAACAGAGGAAACCGUUUUACAACUGAAAUCCUAGUUUACAUUUAUCAUUCAAACGCGCAAAGAAUUAAAUUAACGGUCAAUAAAACAUGCUUGCUGAUCGAGAGGAAACUCCUUCCAGGCAAGGUUUAUUGAGUAUGGUGAAGAAGCAUUCGAAUUUGAUUGGCAGAACCAUAGUUGAUGAGCAAGAUUCCACAGACGUUGAAGUGGAUUCUGGAUUUUGGCAUGAUGUUUUUUAUUUGUAUUUUAUUCGUAGCAAGGAAUCUAGAGGACUACAGGAUGAUGAUCUAUUAUUUUUUGUCAGGAAAAUGGGUUUGCAUGGAUAUGGUUUCAAUGAUAAUGCAGAAGAGGUCCCUCCAUACUUUGUACGCAGGUGGGCAUCCAAGUUGGAUAACUUGCUUGGCAAGAACUCGAUUGAGGUUGAUUGGAGGCGCUCAUUUUAUUUGAACAUGAUUGCGCAUACUUCAUUCUCAGUAACAGUGGCAAUAUGCAGUCACAGGGUCCUUCAAAACUAUCAAGCUGGGCAAAAUGCAUCGUUGUCUCCUAUAUACAAGGUUGUUAAAACUGUUUAUGCAUCUCCAAGUCGUGUAAAUUUUCAUUUGGACUCAAGGAAGGAAGUAGAGACUACACCCUAUCCAGAUAUCUGUUUUGCAGUAGAUGACUUUGACUCCACUUUCGAUGCAGUGGUCUUGUCAGACUCAGACCACUGCUACUGUGUGAUUCUAAAUGCGCAUGAUGGGGCAGCGUUUCCUUCUGAAAAAGAGUCAUAUGAUAGCAGUUCUGGUAAUAUUGCUCCUCUGAGAACUGAUGCUAACUCUGGAAAGAUUGGAAAUACUAAGCUUACUCUCUUCUCUGGAUUUGUCAGCUAUCAAAUGGUUCAAGAAGCAUAUGAUGCUGGAAAAUCUCAGUUUGGGAGCCUUCUUUCACUUGGUCAAUCCCCUGGCAAGACAGACAAACUCUACAUGAAAGGCCCUGGAGGACAUGGGGAAGUUGAAGUUGCUGUUUCUGGUGUAGCAGAUCUAAGCCAGCAGGAUUCAGUCCCCUUUUCACCCGUUGUAUCAAAGGGAGGAUUUGGGAUUGGCUCAAUUGUUCGUAAAGCAGCAUCUGUUGCAUCUGUGGCAGCAAAGCAUGCCUAUGCAGCUGCCUCUGCAACUACAACUGAUGAUGAUGAGAUGUUACCCCUCAAAUGUUGCUUAAUGUCUAUCUCAUUGCCCUGGGAAAACAUUGCUUAUGAUCUUCUGUUUAAGGGAAAUCCUCCUGUGAUGUUGUAAUCGUCUGAAACAACCACCAGUGGAAAUUGUAAAAUUGAUGGACUCUCCUCCAGCAAGUAAGAAGCCCGGAAGGUGCUUCUAUGAGAGAAAAAGAAAACUAAAAGUUACACUUUUGCCGUUGAGGGGUUUAGAUUUUAACCUAAAUUUUAUUAGGUAAAUUCUCUCUUUAGUUUUGGUAUUUGGUCAAACUGCCUUUGGGCUGUUGUUGGGUAUUUAUGUUGCAUGUUACUAGUAAGGAACUUUAGUAAUUAACUAAUGUACCAGCACCCAUUGUUGUUGCUGAUUCUCAUUAAAGCUUAGCAUUAGAUACAAUUUGUUACGGCAUUUCAUAUCCUAGAUUAUCCGUUAAGCAAGUGCAAUUUGGAUUAUAAGCAGAUAUCAGUUAGCAGAUCUUCUUAGAUGAAACGUAGCAACAGGCUUGCCUCUGCAGUUGUCUCUUGAAAAUCAAUUUGUUUGAUUGACUAAAAGUUACCCAACUUUUACCCAAUUUUUAGUAACUUUGUUCGAUUUUGAGGUUAUACGAUAAUAAUUCCCAAUCAAGGGUUGUAUCUUUGUAGCCUCCAAUAUAUAAAUUGAUCUUUGACUUA